AUGGGGUUAAUCGAUCUCAACACUACAGAAGAUGAUGAAACUGAAACUCCUUAUUCUGCUAUUUCUUCUUCCUCUUCUUCUACUCACUCUGGUAUAAGCACUUCUGCUUCAGCUAUGAUUCUUCCUCCUUCUCCUCCUCCUCCGGCUCAACCUUCUGUUUGUUUGGAGCUAUGGCAUGCUUGUGCUGGUCCUUUGAUCUCUCUGCCCAAGAAAGGAAGCAUUGUUGUGUAUGUUCCACAGGGUCACUUUGAACAAGCUCAUGAUUUUCCUGUUUCUGCUUGUAGUAUUCCACCUCAUGUUUUCUGUCGUGUUCUUGAUGUUAAGCUCCAUGCAGAGGAAGGGAGUGAUGAAGUGUAUUGCCAAGUAUUGUUGGUUCCUGAAAAUCAGCAAGUGGAGCAAAAUGUGCGCGAAGGGGUAAUCAAUGCUGAUGCAGAAGAGGAGGAUACGGAAGCUAUUGUGAAGUCAACAACUCCACAUAUGUUCUGCAAGACUCUCACAGCUUCUGACACUAGCACUCAUGGAGGAUUCUCGGUGCCUCGUCGAGCAGCUGAAGAUUGCUUUCCUCCCCUGGAUUACAGCCAGCAGAGACCAUCACAAGAGCUUGUAGCUAAGGAUCUGCAUGGCCUGGAAUGGAAGUUUCGGCACAUUUACAGGGGGCAGCCAAGGAGGCAUUUGCUGACAACUGGAUGGAGUGCAUUUGUGAACAAGAAGAAGCUUGUGUCUGGGGAUGCCGUGUUGUUUCUUAGGGGUGAUGAUGGAGAACUGAGAUUAGGGAUCCGUAGGGCUGUUCAGUUGAAAAGUUCCGGUUCCUUUGCAGCUACUGGCAUGCAAUUGGAUCCUGGCCCUCUCAUGGACGUUGUGAAUGCUUUAUCCAAAAGAUCUGCCUUCAGUGUUUGCUACAAUCCAAGGGUCAGUUCUUCAGAUUUCAUCAUACCUGUUAACAAGUUCAUAAAGAGCCUUGAUUGUUCUUACUCUGCUGGAAUGAGGUUCAGGAUGCGUUUUGAAACUGAAGAUGCUGCAGAACGAAGGAUCACUGGAUUAAUUGCUGGAAUAAGUGAUGUGGAUCCUCAUAGAUGGCCAGGAUCAAAAUGGAAAUGCCUAUUGGUGAGGUGGGAUGACAUAGAAGCAUCAAGGCAUAAUAGGGUUUCCCCUUGGGAAAUUGAGCCAUCUGGUUCUGCUUCCUCUACCAGUAACCUGAUGGCAGCAAGUUUGAAGAGGAGCAGGAUUGGGUUCACUUCAUCCAAGCUAGAUUUUCCAGUUCCCAAUGGGAUUGGUGUGUCAGACUUUGGGGAAUCAUUGAGGUUCCGAAAGGUCUUGCAAGGUCAAGAAAUUAUGGGCAUUAAUACUCCCUAUGACAGUAUUAAUGCUCAGAGUCCCCGGUUAUUCGAGCUAGGGAGAUGUUAUCCCGGUUCUAACUGUUCCGGGAUUGCCGCACCAGGAAACAUCAGAAUGCCUCAGGCAACUUCUGAUUUUCCCUGUAAUGGCAUAGGCUUUGGUGAAUCUUUCAGAUUCCAAAAGGUCUUGCAAGGUCAAGAAAUUCUUCCGUGUCCACCACCCUACGGUCGAUCCUCGUUUGACGAGUCCCGUGGAAAUGGUUUCCUUGGACGCUAUGAUGGUUAUCAACUACGCGGUUCCAGAAACGGAUGGCCAGCACAGAUGCAUGACAGUUCAUCACAUUUGCACGCGUCUGUUACAGCUGGACAGGGUUCAUACAUAUCUGAAAUGAAAAGUGGAAUGUUCGCAUCUUCCCUACUCGACAAGCCUAUUCAGGAAAGCACAAAUUCUCUCGGUAUGCAGAACUUCCUUAAUAACAAUCAGUUCGAUAUUUCAAGGACUACGAAGGCGGUUGAGCGUAACCGAGCAACCCUACCAAAGUGUAUUGCAGUAUUGAACUAA